AUGUGUUCCAACAUCAUAGCAGAUUAUAUGGAUGAUCUAGUCGACUGCUUUGAAGGGUUUAUUCAGAAAUCUUUGCUUGCUAUAAUAGUCGCUCUGGGCAUCAUCGUGGCUAGCGUAGUAUAUCUUUUGAAGGUCCUGUCCGAACGGGCUCUCGACAAUUCUAUGUCAUUUGGUGGUCCACGAACUAGCAGCAGAAGCAACCAACGCAGCACUGUAAGCAGAGAAGGUCGCGCCAAAUCGCGCGUAAGAGAAUUAAAGGAGAGUUUCGCAGCCCAUAAUGACGAGAAACAGAUAUCAACAGCAUUGGCGCAUAGUACACCGAGUUCUGAAGAAAACGUUAUUCGAUUAGCUGGCUUAUCUUGCUGCACAAAACCCUGCUGCAAAUCGAAGUCGAAAUUUAAAAACAUGGAGUUUCCAGCGGAAAAUAAAUGCACGAUUGCAUCAUCCGAAAUCAGUGUUACCCCUGUGGUUAAACAAGAGAUCGAUUCUGACAAACAACAAAAUAGAUCAAAUAGCUUAAGUCCAGUACGAUCUCCUAGUCCAAAACAUAGCUCACAGUCACUUACUCUGUGCCCUAAAGAGGCUAGUCAGAAGUCGUGCUGCUCCAUGUGUUGUAAUGAAGAUUAG